AGUCGCCGUGGUGACACUUUGCGGGCUUGACGUGGUUACGGGGAUCUGUUGUGUAUCGUAAACAGAAAAUACAACAUAUGAAUUUAUAAGAUAUACACAUUUCGCGCAAGAAAAAAAACUAUCCGCAUUUCCGCAAAAUUGAACGAUUUAGUAGCAAAAUGUGGUGUGUUUGAGAAAUUCAAAAAUGAAUCUGUUCAUUCACAAAAAGCUCUGAAAAUUGUUUUUGUUGCGUUUUUUAAUGAAAAUUAAAUUUUUUAAAGAAAAAGGUGUUAUUUGAGUGAGAAAUAAAAAUUCAAACGUGAGUGUUAUAAGAAUGUGAUAAAAUUGAUGAUAUGUUGCUCUUAUCAAUGUUCACCGCUAAUCAUUACGAUAGGAAGAAAGUUUAGAUGUUUGUACGAUACACGCAGGGGGGUAUCGUGUGCAAAUAUUUAGGUUUAGGAGUAGCUUUGCUAAUAGGUAUCUCACUGUGCCAAGAUUUAAGAAUUAUGUGUUAUUAUGUGGUAUAUGAAAUUAUAAAAAAAAUCAUUAAAAUUUACGAGACUGCAUUAAGGUCGCACUAUAUAUGGCAAUUUUUACAUAAUAUUAAAUAUAUGUGACCAAUUUAAAAUAACACAAUAAACUCCCAUAGAUUCAUGCUGUGAGCUUUAUUCGUACAGAAAAUAUAUUAUAUGUUUUUUUUAUCCAACAAAUUUUGAGGUUUUUAAACGAUAAUAUUCCUCUUGUAGUGGUUUUUGUGAUAUAGACAGCAUCAUUAAAGCAUCUGCCACAUAUUUUAUAUUCGCCACAUAGAGAAUAUUUAAAUCCAAUGAAAGUUAAAAUGUGAUUAAAUGGUUUAAGUUGGUUUAAGGAAAUUUAAAGGCUUAGUCAAAUAUGUAAAUUUGCGUAUGUAAAUGCAACAAAUGACAGGACUAUAAUUUACUGAAAUACUCCAAGUUUUUCCCUAAAAGAAAAACAUACAUUAAGUACUAUAGGUAGUACGUAAUUGAUGAAUUAAUAUUAAUAAACCGUAGUAAGUAUUUAGUAUUCCAACAUCGAUGCUGGAAAAGUUUUUCAUUUUUCUGGAUGAAGUUCUUCGCUCUCCUUGAGUGUUUUGGUAUACUACAUAUACCUAACAUUGCAUACAUAGCUCUCAGAGAAGGAAUUGUGUACGAGUGAGUGCUGUCCCAGGUGUAGCAAUUUUUUCAAAUAAUCCGAUUUAAAACAGGUGCUUAAGAGCAAUAAAUUUUAUUUAAGCUUGUCAUUACAAGGUAAACGGAUUUUACGGUAUUGUGGUAAAUGCGUGUGCGAGGGGGGUGUGAGUGGGAAAUAAUAUAAAAUUUCCCAGGCGUACGUGAAUUACGUUGGCUAAAUGUUUGAUUGAGGGGUAGCUUAGUCAAAUUAAAACAAACAAUACCAGUCAUUCAAUUCCCCCUCAUAAUUAAUAAAUCAUAAAGCGGACAUUUUAGAAUAACUCUCAUGAUAUAUUGGGGAAAGUAUAUGUGCGUUAAUUUUACCCAUCCUUGCUAACCAUUAUAAAAAAUCUUUUUCUGCCACAUAAUGCUAGAUACAUUAUGGAGUGUUAAGUGCUCAUUUGGUUGUUUUUUAAGGUGUUAUUAAUGAACAGAAAAAUAUACAUGUGCACGUGCUCAAAAGAACCCCAAUAGAAGAAGAAAAUAUAUCAAAUCAAGCACUGAAGAUACUCUGCAAGUCUUAUUUUUUUUCAAAUCUUAAAGUGAUGCUGCAUAAAUUUUUCGUUAUACUACUCUCGAGUGUGGUAAUAUGAGGAAGCUUAGUACGAACAAAAGUGUCCAACUACUACGUGUCAAAGUUCAACAACAACAACGUAGUCAUCCUCAAAGAACGGCAAACAGAUUGCUGACAAAAUUUGCAGUCAACUCUAGUGUUAAUAAUGGUGAUGACAUGACCAUUUCCUUUGUUCUUCAUACACCACUCAGCUGGUGGUAAAAUCAUCUAACGCGAAGCAAGUACUAAAUUGGGAGAAAAACAGUGCUAUACAAGCUUCAGCAGUUUCACUUGUGAAAAUGGCAACAAUUUGUCGAGUAUUUGCGGUAUGGAUCACAUUGUCGGUGGCGUAUCUCAUGCAUGAGCUUCAAGCCUCUUCAUCUGCUACAUCUAGUCAACAAGACGCUAACUUGCAAGGAGUUGAACCAGAACCAGAAUUUGAAGGGACAAUUGCAAAUGUAACCUUUCCCGCUGGAAGAGAGGCACUCUUAACAUGCUCUGUUAAGAAUUUGGGUAGAUAUAAGGUGGGAUGGUUACGAGCGUCUGAUCAAACGGUGUUAGCGCUACAAGGACGUGUUGUGACACAUAACAAUCGCAUAAGUGUUGUUCAUGAAGAUAUGCAUACCUGGCGAUUGAGAAUAAAGCAGAUUCGAGAAUCCGAUAAAGGGUGUUACAUGUGCCAAAUAAAUUCUAGUCCUAUGAAGAAACAAAUUGGAUGUAUAGAUGUUCAAGUGCCUCCGGAUAUUAUCAACGAAGAGUCAUCAGCGGAUAUUGCUGUACAAGAGGGAGAAGAUGCAUCAUUAACAUGUCGAGCUACGGGAAAUCCAAUCCCAAGAGUCACGUGGAGAAGGGAAGAUGGAGAAAUGAUUCUUAUAAGAAAGGCUGGAAGUCGUGAAGUCAGCAAAGCUGAUUCAUAUAAUGGAACAUCUCUGAAACUAUCUCGAUUGGAACGACGGCAAAUGGGUGCUUAUUUCUGCAUUGCCUCAAAUGAUGUUCCCCCCGCAGUAUCUAAGAGGGUUUCAUUAAGCGUUCACUUUGCACCAUCAGUUCGAGCCCCAAGUCAAUUAUUAGGUGCUCCAUUGGGAUCUGACGUCCAACUGGAGUGUCAGGUCGAAGCAUCACCGGCUCCUGUGUCAUACUGGCUGAAGGGUGGCCGUAUGCCACCCAAUGGUUUUACCGGGAGUACCACGAGUUUGGAAUCGGGUCAACCCAGACCAGAGAUGCUUCUAGAUGGUCCAAAAUAUGGUAUAACUGAACAACGAUCAGGAUAUCGUGGUGUUAUGAGACUUGUUGUUCGUGCAUUUUCACAUACGGAUGUUGGGACGUAUCAUUGCGUUAGCACAAAUUCUCUUGGACGUGCAGAAGGCACCCUUCGUCUUUACGAAAUUAAAAUCCAUCCUGGAAGUGUUGCCUCUGAAGAUGAGCAAGCAAAUUUCAUUGGAGGACUUGCAGAGGCGGCAAGAGGGAGAGGCAAUUCCAGUGCCAAUUUGCCACAAAUGAUGAUAUCGAACACAACAUUCUUGCUCAUGACAACUCUUUGGAUGUAUGCUGCUAGUUCUUUAUUUUCCGUCACAACUACCUUCACAUCAUUGAGAAUCCUGCAGAGCUGACAACAUCAGUGAAGCUCGCCCUAAUAGCUGGCGCCAAAUCACACAGAAAAGAAUGAGAAGUAUUCACCCCCCAUUUAUUAAGUGAAAUCAUUAGGGGUAAAUUUUUCUGACACUUUGUUAUAAUAAAAAUAAAUAGGACAUCGCAUGGAAGAUGACGACAAUGAGAGACAGUAUUUCUUUCACUCCCACUAUACCUACAUAUUUUUCCCACAUAAUUUUACUCCCGUGUUUACUUCCCGUGUAAAACCUGUGAGAGAUCAGUUUUUUUUUUGCAUUGGGUGUUGUUAUAUAGCACCUACAAUGAACAGAGUGUUGUGAGAAAAAUUCUGAAAAAGAAAAACUUGAGAAAAAUACACCAGAGCGUGCGAAAACUAAAUAUAUAUUUUUCCAUAAAAGGUAAAAACAUCCCCCUAUUGUGAUCAAAAAGUUUUCACUGUGUAAAGAUUGUCUUUCCCCCCCAUUUUCAUCGUAAGAACUUAAUGAAAAAUUUUCCUAAAACAUGCGAUAUUAUGAUGCAUACAGAACGAUACAAAACGAAUACAUAUUUUAAUUUUAGUGUAUAAUAAAAUAUAACACAAAAAAUAAUGAAAAUCAAUCCGUAACAAGUUCAUAUCUUUCAUGACAUAUUGCGAAAAAAAGGUCAAUUGAACAAAAACAAACCAUUUUAAUCAAUACUAAAAAAUAAUAGGAUUAAAUCCUGAAUAAAAAAAUAUAUGAAUAAAACUACAUACAUUAUUUUUUAUGUAAGAUGUAGGUAUUUGAAGUGAAAAAAAAUCAAAUUAAACAAUGAGAAAGAAAAGUGAUGUCUUAAAGUAAGAAUGUAAACGGGGAAUGCUUGCCUAAUAAAACGUUUUUUUUCCAAAUUAAUAGUAAAAUAUCUCAUCUUCUUCGAUGCGAUCAAUAGACCAUUUAACAAGGCAAUUAAAUAUUCUAACUUAGAGGG